AUGUUUCAAACAGAUAUUCUUAUUAAUAUAUCCGUAUUGCCAUCAAAUAUAAUGUCAUUACGUGAUAAUAAUUUUAGUGAUUUUGUUCAGGAAGAGGCUAGUCAUGCUGCUGCUGCUCUAUUCGAAUUACAAGGUAUCAAUAGUGUGAAGUCAUUGUUGAUGAUAGAUGAUGUUUUUUCUAUUAUGACAGUGAAGAGCAAAAGUCUUGAUGAAUUUAAAAAUAAGUAUGGUUAUAUUCAAGAUGAUGGUACAUGUGUAAUACAACCUGGUGUUAAAGGAAAUACAGAAUAUCUCAUUAUUGAAGGCAAGGAUUAUUUUAUUUCAUUACAAAAUGAUUCAAGUGGUACAUUAAAAUGUUACAUAAAGUGCUGCUGUGAAAAAUUGAUAACAUUAGUAUUUAGGCAUGAAAAAUUUCAACUGUCAAAUUUUUAUCGUCAUUUACAAGGUUUAACUAAUGAAUGUCCUGCAUUAAAAAACAAUUUUUAUAAUUCUUCAAUAUCAUCACCAUUAUCAACAAAUAAUCAGCAACCAUUGAUCACAUCAGAUAAUGUACUUCAACAAAUUGUAUCACCAAAUUCAAUAUCUAUUAUAUCAUCGUCAGAUACAAUACAAUCGAAUUCAACUUCAGUCACAGCAUCUUCUAUGUCCAAAUCAACAGUAGAUGAUGAAACUUGUGAUGAAAACAUUAUUGAACAACCAUCAUCCUCAAAAACGAAAAGACAAGUGAAAAGAAAAGUUUAA